CGGGAGCGGCAGGAGGCCACGCUGGCCGGGCUGGCGGAGCUGGAGUACCUGCGCCAGCGCCAAGAGCUGCUGGUUCGGGGCGCCCUGCGUGGCGCCGGGGGCUCGGGAGUCGCUGCGCCCCGCGCUGGGGAGCUGCCGGCGGAGGCGGUGCAACGCAGCCGCCUGGAGGAGAAGUUCUUGGAGGAGAAUAUCUUGCUGCUGCGGAAGCAAUUGAAUUGUUUGAGGAGAAGAGAUGCUGGUUUGUUGAAUCAGUUGCAAGAACUUGACAAGCAGAUAAGUGACCUGAGACUAGAUGUAGAAAAGACAUCUGAAGAGCACCUGGAGACAGACAGUCGGCCCAGCUCAGGGUUUUAUGAGCUGAGUGAUGGGGCUUCAGGAUCCCUUUCCAAUUCCUCUAACUCGGUCUUCAGUGAGUGUUUAUCCAGUUGUCAUUCCAGUACCUGCUUUUGCAGCCCCUUGGAGGCAACCUUGACGAUCUCCGAUGGUUGCCCCAAAUCUGCAGAUCUCAUAGGAUGGUUGGAAUAUAAAGAAGGCCACUGUGAAGACCAGGCCUCGGGGGCAGUUUGCCAUUCCCAAUCCACAUCACAAUUUAAUUCCCUUGGUAUCAUUGCAGAUGUGAAUCCCAAGUACCAGUGUGAUCUGGUGUCUAAAAACGGGAAUGAUGUGUAUCGCUAUCCCAGUCCUCUUCAUGCCGUGGCGGUGCAGAGCCCAAUGUUUCUCCUUUGCCUGACGGGCAACCCUCUGAGGGAAGAGGAGAGGCUUGGUAACCAUGCCAGUGACAUUUGUGUGGGAUCUGAGCUGGACGCCAUCAAGACAGACACUUCCUUACCAGCUCCAAGCAGUUUGUGGUCUGCUCCCCAUCCAUCGUCCAGUAAGAAAAUGGAUGGCUACAUUCUGAGCCUGGUCCAGAAAAAAACACACCCUGUAAGGACCAACAAACCAAGAACCAGUGUGAAUGCUGACCCCACAAAAGGGCUUCUGAGGAAUGGGAGCCUCUGUGUCAGAGUGACUGGGGGUGUCUCACAGGGCAACAGCGGGAACCUUAAGAAUUCUAAACAGGUGCUUUUGCCCUCUGGCGGAAUCCCCUCUUUGGACAACGGGACAUUCUCCCCACUGAAGCCGUGGUCAAAAGAAUCAAAGGCAGACCAAGUGGAAAGCAAGAGGUUGUCCCCGCCGGAGGGCUGCUCGCCAGGCGCUGCCACUGAACUUCCAAGUAAGCAUCUGCCCAAAAAUGCCAAGGCCGCCUCCCAGGAACACGCUCGGUGUCCCACCGCUGUGACAGGGGAGUCCCCCAAAGACGGCAUUCAGGUCCUAGCCGCCUCCCCAAAGGAGAGCCCCGGGAGGGGCCCCGCGCUGCCGCAGGAGAACAAAGUCGUCCAGCCACUGAAAAAGCUGUCCCCGAAAAGCGGCCUGCCGCCUGCCCCUCCAGCAGCGCCCCUUCCUGGCCCGGCUGCGCUGCUGUCUUCCGCUUUCGCCGUGGAAGAGCGGCCGGCGCUGGAUUUCAAGAGCGAGGGCUCCUCUUCUCAGAGCCUGGAGGAAGGGCCCCCGGCGAAGGCGCCGUCGGUCCCGG